UAAAUUUUCACCUUUCUCUUCCUCUUCCUCUUCCUCUUCCUCUUCCUCUUCACCUUCUUCGUAUGGGUAGCUUCUACUAAACCUCAGCAGCCAAAUGAGUAAACCUAGAGUAAACCAUCUGCUCGUGAGCUCCGUGCUUACAGGCAUUUCCGAUCCCCGUACGUACGACAGACUUAGUGGGUUCAUCACGUCCAACAAGGAUUUAGUACUACAGCUUGUCAGUUAUACAUGUGUUUUCCUAUGUGAACUGAUCAAGAUCUACCCAAAGUUGAAGAAGUUGGUGAACAACUACCUCUAUAGGUUGAACCUGGUGAAGACUCGGGUUGAAACCCCACAGGAGCUGACCCAGUCUCAACAGGUGGCUGCAAAGAGACUCAACUCCAUCUACGGCUAUAUCGUGGAUAUUAGAAUCGCAGACAACAUAUUCGGAUUGAUUCCUUACAUCGCAGAGCUCUUGAGGGACUACAGUUCUGUUAAGAAGCUACGCUCAAUUGACUCAUGGGAAAAGUUGGACAAGUUUAGCACUUUCUUCUUCUUUGGUAAUUACACAUGGUUGGAGAACCUGGCGUUUUUACUCUCCCACGAUUUCCUUCCAAGCGAUUUUGACUUCUUCCUACUGCCCGCACAGAAGCGUGAUAAAUCGCUGACUCCAUCCGACUGGUACUACGUCUACUCGUGCCAACUGUGGUGUGCAUGGAACGUGAUUGAAUUUUUGAAACAGGCAAAGAACCACACAUACAACUUCAACCUCAUGUGUGACGUUGUUCUCAGUUACCACUGGGCUCUACCAACUGGGUUCUUGAGCAGACCAACGUUUGCUGUCAUUGGUUUCCUCAACGCAGUGGUUAAGUUCAAAAAGAGACUACACUAAUAGAUAUACAGGAUAUAUAUAAGCACAGCCUAUACACCAAUCG